AUGUAUACACUUAUAGAAGCAAUAACUGCCGCUCUCCUGUGGAUGGCCAGAGGGAGUAAUAGCACACAAACUGAUGCCAAAGUUGCAAGACUUGAAAGACAAGUCAGAAGAAUACGACUAAGGCUUAAUAAAUACGAAAAGAAGUUCCAAAGAGAAGACCAAAAUAUCAAAGAUAUGAAAACGACCAAGCAAGAAAUUGUGGCACUGCAGCAAACGUCCAGAAAAACAGAACGACAAGACAACAAUAACCCUACAAAUAUACUAUCACAUGAAAUAGAAGCGGGAACAAUACAGCUAAAAUCAAUGGAGGAAGAAUUAGUUGGCCUAAGACAAGAGCUGGACCAAGCAAUUGUAGAAUUAGAGAAGUUGCGAAAGCAGGAAAGUUUGCAUCAAGAAGCUCUACAGCAAGAACAGAUGGAUUUCAGUGUAAUGCUACAGAAUGUUAAGAACACACUGAAUAACGAUAUCCAAUACUUGACCAAAAAGCUAAGCGUAGAAAAGGAUAGGAAAAAUGUACUUUUUCAACAAGUUCAAGAAUUCCAGGGAACCAUCCGCGUAAUAUGUCGUAUCCGGCCGGAAGCUUCUGGUCAAUUAUUGGAAUACAAAACAGAGACGGGAUACUUCUACGACCACGCGACUAAGUUAGAAAUCCAGGAAGAAGAGCUACGAUAUGAGUUUGAGCGGAUAUUUCUCCCCGAGGACACAAACGGUGAUGUUUUCGACGAAAUCAGCCACUUCGUACGAUCGGCCCUUAAGGGGGAAAAGGCUUGUAUAUUCUGCUAUGGUCAAUCUGGUACCGGUAAGACAUACACAAUGAGUAAUCUAGAUAACGUCAAGGAUCGAGAAGAAGGUGUCGAUUACGAGAAUGAUGGUAUUAUCCCAAGGGUGACGACAAUGAUCUUCGGCGAGAAGAAAAGGCUCCACGAGCUUGGCACCGAGCUCGUGGUUAGUGCACGCUGUUUCGAGAUAUACGACGCGAAUCUAUGGUUAAUACAAGCAGACGGGAGUAAGGAGAAACUACGGGCUAUGACAAGCAUCGUGAAUGUAGACUUCCAGACUCUCGACUCGGCUAAGGACUUCAGCGCUUUAGUUAACGCAGGGAUGAAAAACAGACACUUCGGAGCGACUGCUCUGAACAAGAGCUCGUCUCGGUCUCAUUUCAUCAUUAGCCUCAAAAUAGUCACCAAAAUCGAAGGUCGUCAUGGUAAACCACGCGAAGGCCUAUUCAGCCUAGUAGAUCUCGCGGGCUUCGAGAGGACCGAACAAGCAGAAACUAAAGGGAAAGCUUUCAGGGAAGGCAAUAAUAUCAACCUAUCACUAAUGGCAUUAAGAAGCAGAUUAGACGCUCUUGCCAAGAAUGGACCCGUAAACUUUAGAGAGAAUGUACUCACGACGGUCAUGGAGCCCUUUUUCGGCGAGGACAGCAUGACACUCAUGUUUGUUAUGAUUAGCCUUUUGAAGGAUAACUGGCAGGCGACUAAGUGGACACUUGAGCUUGCGAAAAUCGUAAGUUAG